AUGUCGCAAACUACAACAUCCCCUGGGGUAUUUAUGUCCUUUUCCCGCUGGCUUCGACUUAAGAACUACCAGUAUGAAGUGACAUUCUCACUUUACAUGCUUACCCCCAUAGAAAAAGUGGUCUUCAACACUAUACUUCUCCUCUUCACCUCCAUGUUGGUCACUGCUGCCUACAUCUACCUUCCAGACCAUGUCCUUUCUCUAUACCGGCACAUCAACUAUUACUGGGCUGGCCAGCCUGUCGCGGAUCAAAUCGCAUCACAUGCAGCAAACAUGAAGCUCUCUGCGGCAGCGAAUGCGGUGGCCGUCUCUGGAGGAAAUGAUAUCAUGUCCACGGCUACUCGUAUCGCGGAAGCAGCCGCAGCAUCAGCCGCCGGCUUUAAGGAAUUAUGA